AAUAUACAUAUAUGAGUAUGUAUUAGUAUGUGAAGAUCUUUCUUACAUGCAUGAACAAUUUAACAUAUAUGUGUUAUUAUUAAAUAUAUAUAUUUAAAAGUGUAUAUAAACUGUGGACGAAUUACGAAUACAAAAUGCAGCAACCAGAUGCUUCCGACCUUGUAAAACACGUUGUUGCUCAACAAAGAAUCAAAAUGGCGGAUAUCAAAUAGGCACAAAAUACCAAGAUAUUUUGGAUAUUAUUCGCAUUGGUAUCGAUGUCUCGAUGUGAAGAUUAUGAUGAUGGUGGGGAUUUAGAUUCAUUACUGAGCGACCUUUUUAAUACGACAAUGCCAACUGAAAUGCCAUCAAGAGUGGCAGAGACUUGCGUCACACCAAACAAGCGGCAAGGCGAAUGCGUUAAUUUUAAUCUUUGUGGCAGUGCUCGGAGUAACAGUGAUUAUGUUGUUAAUAUCAGGCUGCUUAACGGACCUUGUCAAUCAUAUUUGGACGUAUGCUGUGUUCCUACAAAUGUACAGGAUCAGCCCAAACCUGUGUCAAAACCUUUCUUACCGCGCGAAGGCUGCGGUUGGCGCAACCCCAACGGUGUCGGUAUGGUUACGAUCGGGGAUGUCAACGGCGAAGCUAAAUUCGGAGAGUUCCCAUGGAUGGUCGCCGUUUUAAAAAAGGAACCGAUGUUCCCUGGUGGCUUCAAGCACAUUGGUGGUGGGUCUCUCAUCCAUCCGAGCGUGGUAGUCACGGGAGCCCAUGUAGUAUUAGCUCCCAACAAUGCUGGGAGACUGAUGGUCCGCGCGGGUGAAUGGGACACACAGACAACGAAAGAGCCGUACCCACAUCAGGACAGAGACGUCGGCAAUGUGAUUGUACAUAAAGAUUAUAAAAGUAGAAAUCUAGCCAACGAUAUAGCAUUACUAUUCCUCAAUAUGCCAAUGAUGUUGGCUCCUAACGUUGGGUUAGCAUGCCUACCUACACUAGAUCAGACCAUGUCGCCCGGAACGAGAUGUCUCGCAUCCGGCUGGGGCAAGGAUCAGUUCGGUGAAGUCGGCAAAUAUCAAGUUAUAUUAAAGAAGCUGGAACUGCCUGUGGUGGGUAAUCAGAGUUGUCAGAAGCGGCUUCGUAUGACACGUCUCGGUCGCUACUUCAAUUUGGACCCAAGCUUCAUGUGCGCCGGCGGCGAGAACGGUAGAGACACGUGCGUUGGUGAUGGAGGCUCGCCACUAGUCUGCCCGGUGCAGACGGACCGGUACGUUCAGGCGGGUAUAGUGGCAUGGGGUAUUGGUUGUGGUGGGACAACCCCUGGGGUGUACACUGACGUCGCUAAGCAACGGGGUUGGGUGGACGAGCAGAUGACUGCCGCAGGGUAUGACACCAGCAGUUAUACAAUGAAGAUAUAAUUUAAUAAUUCAGAAAGACCGACUGUCUUUUCCUUGAAUAAAAACAAUACCUCACUUGUCUAAUCGAAUUAAAGUUUGAUGAAGCGCGAAGAAAUUAAAUUAUUCAUAUUCAUGUCUCUUACGCUGUCAUUUAACUUUCCACAAACUUUGAAACAUUUUCAGGGGCAAAAAAUUCGUCAAUCAUUUUGUUAUUGCUCCCAGGUUGCAUUUAUUAAUUUUUUGCCGACAGUAUUAUAAGUAGGCAGCGAUUGGGAUAAUUUAAUGUUACAUUUUUAUCAAUUUAUUUUAUGAUUACAUUCAAUAAUGGAAUAAACAUUUAUUUUAUAAAAAAGUUAAUUUUAAUUUCCUAUUUUGUCCUGUUCAUAAAAUGUGUUGUUAAUAAAAUCUGACAGAUUAGAA